GAUCAGGAUCCAAAGUGGCAGCGUAUUAUUCCCAAAGAGGCGGUCUAGGAACCCUCUGGAGUGCUCCAAAGAUUCUGCUGUGCCCCGGUCAUCAGCAUCCGUACUCUGGUGCCCUCGGAAGGUGCACCUCGGAUGUGGGAAAGCAAGGUUCUUGCAAGCAAGCUUCUUCCGCUAUCACCGUCGGGACCAAAACCAUAUUCCAGAGUGCGACAACGAACCCGGGCUUGCACCAGGAAGUCGUGCUCAUCGUAUGAGGCAUUGCGAUAGCCAGAUCUCCAAGACAGAGGACGGGUUCUAGCGUUCCAUUGAACCAGGCCAACGAGCUGCCUAUCAACUUCACAUCGCGAUGCCAGCCAACGCCCAGACUGAAGCCAUGCUUGAUAGCAUGCGCAUUCCAAAAGAAAGCAGCGAUAUCUUUGAACGUGCUACGGCAAUAUACGAAGCUCACAUUCGGGACCCGCCGGUUCUGCAAAACUUCGUUGCGAGAGACUUUCAGAACUCGGGGAACAGUGAUACGAUUCAAUGCUUCAAUCCACAAACAGGGAAGGUCUUCUUGCAAGUGCCAAAUAGCAACCCAGAAGAGGUCGACCAAGCUGUCAAUGCCGCACACCAAGCCUUCCCUUCAUGGUCCAAAACGCCCAAGUCUGAACGCUCAAGAAUCUUGAACAAGAUCGCAGAUCUAAUCGCUGAACGCAGAGAUGCAUUCGCUGCAUGGGAGAGCAUAGAUCAAGGCAAAACAUUUGCUCGGGCCAAAGUCGAGAUUGAUCGUGCAAUCUCAAACUUCAGGUACUUCGCUGGCUACAUCUUACACGAAGAGAGCGCUGCGAGGUUCACCGAUGAUAGCGUCUUGACAUAUGAGCAUCGGAGUCCGCUGGGGGUGUUUGCACUGAUCAGUCCUUGGAAUAUGCCUCUAUAUCUCCUAACCUGGAAGAUUGCACCAUGCCUGGCGUUUGGCUGCACCGCUGUUGCAAAGCCGAGUGAACUGACAAGUGUGACUGCUUUCCUUCUUGCAGAUGUUUUCAGACAAGCAGGCCUUCCGAAAGGAGUGAUCAACAUUGUGUUUGGUGCUGGUCAGCCCACCGGCUCAGCACUAGUGCAGCACAAGUUGGUACGCGGUGUCAGCUUCACGGGCGGCACUGCGACCGGUCUGCAGAUUCGCAAGGACACCAUCGAUGAUAUUGGCAAGCACUUGUCCCUCGAGCUGGGCGGCAAAAACCCAACACUGGUCUUUGCCGAUGCAGAUAUCGAUGCCGCAAUCAAGACGGCAGCAGCAGCAGCUUUCGAGAACCAGGGAGAGAUCUGUCUAUGCGGCUCUCGGAUUUACGUGGAGAGAUCUGUUUACGAAGACUUCGUCGCACGCUACACAUCUCAUGUCAGCAAAACAUAUCAGGUCGGCGAGAAAGUUGGCGCUGUUGUCUCAGUUCAGCAUUAUCGCAAAAUCCGCGGCUACCUGCAACUCGCGUCGCAAGAAGGCGCAAAGUUCGAACUUGGCGAGAUGCCGCUUGAGGACCCGAAAGAAGGCUACUGGAUCCAGCCCACUAUCCUUACAGGUCUUUCAACAACUAGCGCUGUGCUUCGUGAUGAGAUAUUUGGGCCGGUUGUAACGAUCACGCCCUUCGAGAAUGAAGACGACGCUGUUCGGCUAGCGAACGACAAUCCCAACGGCCUGGCAGCGGUCGUACUGACAAGAGACGGAUCACGCAUGCGGAGGGUCGGCGAACAGCUUGAAGCUGGCAUGGUAUGGAUCAACUGCUGGCUGGUCCGACAAUUGGCCACUCCUUUCGGAGGCAUGAAGAGCUCCGGCACGGGACGCGAAGGUGGCGCGUACAGUCGAGACGUGUUUACAACUGUACGCACGCUGCAUAUACCGAUGUAAUGGACGACCAGUCGAUGUUCGUAUCUCCGAUGCGUUGACGGAAGCUCAAGGUGUUGUCGGAAGAGAAAAGUAGGCAAGGCACGGCGGCAGUUGGAGCUAGUUCUCGGGCCGGUACCUCAGCACAUCUCGACAACAACACCUCUUGGCACUCUGCUCA